AUGUCUCUACUUACAAGUUAUGAGGGGCUUCGGCAUCAGAUAGAGAGGCUGGUGCGGGAAAAUGAGGAACUGAAGAAGCUGGUGCGGCUCAUUCGGGAGAAUCACGAGCUCAAGUCUGCAGUCAAGACUCAGGCAGGUGGCCUCUGCAUCAGCGGGUUCACCGGCGGGCUUGGUGAGGCGGCGGCAGGCCUUCCCCAACAUCAGGACAAUGGUGUAUUUCUGCCCCCAGCCUCAGCAGCAGCGAAGGAGCCCCGCGCAGAAGACUUGGGGAUGGUGGCACUGGCACCUCUGACUGACAUGUUGAAUACCCCACAGCUCGGACCUGCAGCAGGCUCCCUUGUGAACCCCCUGGCUGCUGCCCUUAACCCACUGCUGUCUGGCCAAAUACCCUUGUCGCAGAACAACCAUUCUCUGGGUUUACCCUCGACUGGACCCCUAAACAGUCAAAUGACUAGUCCCAUGACUGUACCCCCGGGGACCACUCUGGCCAGCUCACUGGGCCUGACCUCAACUGGUUCCCUAACAACAAGCAGCCAGCUGGUAGGCCCCCUGGCUGUAUCUCAGAGCAGCCCCAUCAUGGCUCCCCUGGCAGGCACGGUGGCAGUCUCUCUGAGUAGUCCCCUGCUCUCCUCCACAGCUCCCCCUCUAGGUGUUGCUCAGAACAUACUGCCCAACCCCAUAAACAACAUAGGGCAGCCAGAGACGCCAAGGGUGCGGCUGGCAGAGCCGACCCAAGGAAACUUCUCUGGAACUCCAGCCUGUGCAGGACCAGCUCCCACAUCCAAAGUCCCCAGUGAGCACCCCCAGCGGAGACAGGACACAAAGCCCCUCGACAUGUUUGUGGGUGCACCCCUCUUGACUACCCCCUCUAUGAGUACCAUGGCCACAUCCAGUCCCACAACAAAUGUUUACGCCACCUUGGAUACUCGAACUCAGACUGAUGUUUCCCAGGAACAAAUGCCCCCCACUUUUGUCCAAAGCUCUCCAACAGGCUCUCCUUCCCUCACAGUCCCCAGCUCUGCCCCAGCUCCUGCCCCCCAGGCUGCUGAAAAUGGUUCCCCUUCAAGAAACACCCACACCACCUCCCCCUCCAGGGUGCACCAAUCCCCUACCCGACCUGUGCCCAAUCCCCAUUCUCCUCCAUGCAACCUCCCCUCCCUUCCCCGCACCUCAUCCUCUUCGGCUUCAGUCAAUGAUACCCGGGGUUCACGCGUGACGGAACAGUCUCGGAAGAAUGUCCUGGAGAUGGAGCGGAAGACACCCCACCGAAAGUCUAACAAGUUACCUGACAGUCCCCGAGAAGCAAAACAGCUAGCCUGUGAGAGGCUAGUGGGGGAAAUCGCCUUCCAGCUAGACCGAAGAAUCCUGUCCAGCAUCUUCCCAGAGCGCGUGCGUCUCUACGGCUUCACUGUCUCCAACAUCCCAGAGAAGAUCAUCCAGGCCUCCCUAAACCCCAGUAACCACAAGUUGGAUGAGGACCUGUGCCAGACGCUCACACAGCGUUACGUGAGCAUCAUGAACAGGCUUCAGUGCUUAGGCUACAACGGACGGGUGCACCCCGCACUGACAGAACAGCUGGUGAAUGAGUAUGGCAUCCUGCGUGAGCGGCCUGAGCUGGCCGCAUCUGAAGGUGGCUCCUACACGGUGGACUUCUUGCAGAGGGUGCUAUUGGAAACGGUGCACCCCAGCAUGCUCACCGACGCCCUCCUGCUGCUCUCCUGCCUCAACCAGCUGUCCCACGAUGACGGCAAGCCUAUGUUCAUCUGGUAA